GCCUCUUAUUAAUUUGCACAUAGUGUCAUUCUUACAGACUAGGACGAGAGAAAAAUAAAACAAAACAAAAUGCUGGCAGACUGUUUAUUGAUUAUAUUUAUUUCAAUAUGUACAGCUUUACUAGGAGAAGGGUUAACUUGGCUGCUGGUGUACAGAACAGAAAAGUACAAAAAGUUAAAAGCUGAAGUUGAAAAGCAAAGUAAAAAAUUGGAAAAACAAAAAGAAGUGGAAGCCUCUGAUAGAAGUCAAAAAAAGAAAAUUGAAAGACAAGAGGAAAGAUUGAAAAAUAACAAUAGGGACCUUUCUAUGGUUAAGAUGAAGUCCAUGUUUGCCAUUGGUUUUGCAUUCACCAGCUUGCUUAGUAUGUUUAAUUCAAUUUUUGAUGGCAGAGUAGUGGCCAAGCUUCCAUUUGUACCUAUCUCAUUUAUUCAGGGUAUCUCACAUAGAAAUCUAGCAGGGGAAGACUACACAGAUUGUUCAUUUAUAUUUCUCUAUAUACUGUGUACAAUGUCUAUACGACAGAAUAUUCAGAAGAUGUUGGGCCUCGCCCCAUCAAGAGCUGCAAGCAAGCAAGGUGGCGGAUUCUUCUCCCCACCCACUCAGAUGACAAAAUAAACUCUGCAAUAACUACAUGUUACAAUAAUAUGUUUCCUUUUUUACUAUUUCACUUAUUAGUAUGAACUGAUGUUUUUUUAUCUGAAACUUUGCAUACAUGAGAAAUGCAUAUUUAAAGAGUAAUUGCAAUACUUCUAUAAAGUUUUUAUUGACUGAAGAUGAAACCAUUUGUUGAAUUUUUACAUUUUUGAUGAAAUAUUGUAAAUCAUGUACAUUGUAUAUGGACCAUUCAUUGUGUAUAAAUAAACCAUGUCUUUCUUUUGUGCAGUCAAGCAAAUUACUUCUUUUGGUCAGAAUAUUUCUAAUAAUUCUUUUUUCAGUGGAAAUAGAUUUUAUAAAUUUUAUUUGUGUUAUAAAUAGUAUUGCACAGCUUGCUGUUUAGAUGUAUUUUAAUUAAUCACUGGGGGCAACACUCUUGAGUUUAUAGUAAUGUUUCUCUGUACUGAACAGCAAUAUCAUAGGACAACCCAUUUACAUAUCUGGCUCUGUGGGAUUACUAUGUUGUUAUCACAAUAAUUGUUCUUUAUUUUUUAACAUAGACUUAAACAUAGACUUAUAACUACUCUAUCACUUUGCAUUCAUCCCGUAAAAUUCCUAAUAAACGCCCUUCCCCUAAUAAAGGCCCCCCAGGCCUUUUGAUAGGGAAAACAAUCUACUCACCAGUGCUGAACUCAUAAUUAAAGCCAUAAUUUUAUUCAAAUCAUUCAGAAUCCAUAGUAUUUUAUAGUAAACACAAAUAUUUAUAAUAUGAACUUUAAAACCUUUACAUUUUUAAUGUCAUUACCAACACUUGCUAACACUAAAUGUAUUUACAGUGAUUUUUAGCUCGACUAUUCGAUAAGAAUAAGUAGAGCUAUUGCAGUCACCCGAGCGUCGGCGUCCACGUCGGCGUAACCACUUAUGUUAAAGUUUUUGUAAUAGUUCAAAUAUUUUCAAAGUCCAUUGACAUAUGGCUUUGAAACUUUGCACACUUGUUCACCAUCAUGACCCCAACCUGUAGACAGGAGGAGGUAACUGUAUCAAGCAUUUUGACAGUAUUAUGCCCCUUUUUACAACUUAGAAUUUAUGUUAAAGUUUUUGUAAUAGUUCAAAUAUUUUCAAAGUCCAUUGACAUAUGGCUUUGAAACUUUGCACACUUGUUCACCAUCGUGACCCCAACCUGUAGACAGGAGGAGGUAACUAUCAAGCAUUUUGACAGAAUUAUGCCCCUUUUUCGACUUAGAAUUUAUGUUAAAGUUUUUGUAAUACCUUAAAUAUUUUCCAAGUCCAUUGACAUAUGGCUUUGAAACUUUGCACACUUGUUCACCAUCAUUACUCCAACCUGUAGACAGGAGGAGGUAACUGUAUCAAGCAUUUUUUUUUACUAUCAAGCACUAAGAAUAGUCGAGCGUUGCUGUCCUACCGACAGCUCUUGUUUUAUUAAGGAAAAACUGUGUUGUAAUAAUAGCCCCUGUUUUGGAAAAUGUUUAGCCCCCGGGGGCGUUUAUUAGGAAUUUUAUGGUACUUAUAUUACAAAUUAAACAAAAACUUAAAUUCAAAAAAAUAUUCUGUGUUUCGUUGGGUUUUACAUCGCAUUAAAUUGUUACAUCAUACUUAAUAUUUUCACAAUAAAUGAUGUCACAAAUGAGGUCAUUUGUAGCCUGGGAAUUGUGUUCUGCGUAAAUUUUGUACAAAUGAAAGUUUGUUUUUUCUGCAUGUAAAUGAAUGUAAGAUGCAAUGUAUCUAAAAAAAAUCAUUGUCUGAGUUUGUAAUAGUCAGAAUUGUAAAUUGAUAUACUCAAGAAAUUAAAUGUUGUACUCUAUGUAAUAAAGUCAGUUUAACACUC